AUCGCGGUUCCUUUCGAAAACUGGCCAGAUCCCAUCAUGGAUUCUAGAGUUAUUGCCCCUUAAAGGGCCAGAAUUUGCUAUUGUGCGUGCGUCAACAAUUUCUUGUCUGCACGAUAGUGGAUUCAUUUAUGAUUUUAUUAUAACCAAACUUGCACACAACUUGUAUCACCAUAAGAUCUUGGUUCCUUUCUUCAACUGGCCAGAUCCCAUUAUGGGUUCGAGAGUUAUGGCCCCUGAAAGGGCUAAAAAUAGCUAUUUUAACCUUGUCUGCACAACAGAAGCUUUAUCUAUGAUUUGAUUUUUACCAAACUUGCACACAAUUGUAUCACCAUAAGAUCUUGGUUCCUUUUCAUUCAUGUAAAAGAAAUGUGUUUUCCUUAUCAUUAGCAUUCUACAUUAUCUAAUUAUGCUUACUGUCAUGCUGAUUUCUUUCUACCACAGAGUGAGAUGCAUGUAAUUAUAAUUAUUUAUUAAUGAUGCAUGCCCUUGAGGUUACCCGGCUAAAAAAAGCGAUAAUUAUGGCAAAUUCCGUACAGUGUACACCCCCUGUCAAGAAACGUCAAGCCAUUUAGCAGCCUCAUGAUGUUUCCACUGAUCAAGGUAUUCCUGAAGAGGUACAUUAAAUAUUGUGCUUAAUUUAUUCAUGCUUAGAAAAUGUAAAUCAAUCUAUAACAUGUGUUGAAAGAGUGUUUAGUAAAUAUGUGUGAAAUUAUAGAAAUUAAAGACAUGAUAAGCAUUGAUUUCUGGCUGCUGGAAAGCAUUGUUACAUAAUGCAAUGAAUCUAUUGACAACUGGUCGUUUUGUCACAUAUUGCAACAUAUACGGCUGGAAAAAUAAAGAUGAAAAUUACUGAAACAAAUAUUACGGGAUUUUUGAAUUUAAGAAUAGUGUUUACUUUUGUCAAUUUCGAUUUGAGUGAAAUAGGAUAAACACAUUGCAAACCUAUGCUAGGUUGAAAUAAAGUUACAUGUGUGUUAAAAAAAAAAAGACUUUUAUGUUCGAAUGACUUGUAACAUGUUAAAAUGAUUACAAACUCUGGAAUCCUGCUAGGUUCCCGCUGAGCAGAGAGCGCCACAUAAACGUCGGUCACAGCUUCCGCUGCACAGACACUACAGUCUCUGCAUGACCAGGCCAGCUGUUAAACAUCUUAGUGUAUGUAUGUGCGUAAAACUGAUGUGUUAUACACAUAUAACGUCAUGUAUUCGAGUUGAUCAAACAUUACACAUGUAAAGCGAGAGGCUAACAAAUAAUUAACGGAUACACAUUUUCGAAAAAUAAAGACUCGUUCAUAAAAGAAGAAACACCGAAUCGAAGAUCUAGAACAUUUUUGACUUGCUGCGUGUGUUCGUCGUGUUUUAUGAUGGCUAAUGAUUUGGAAACCGCCGGAAACUAUACUUCACCGCAUAACAUACAGACAGACGAAGGAUGGAAGGAAAAUGUGACCCGAGUUUCGGCCUUCCGGUGUCACUUAUGCCCGGCUUCAUUCACACGAAAUGCUAAUCUCAAAUCACACUUAAAUAUACAUGCGGGGAUACGGCCGAAUAAAUGUAAUUUUUGUGACAAAACGUUCACUCAACGUGCCCACCUUAGGCGACACAUGCGAAUUCAUAACGCAGAACGGCCUUAUUCAUGUAAAGUGUGUGCACGAAGAUUUAUGGAUGGUCAAGCUUUGAAACAUCAUACCUUCUCUCACACGGGAGAAUAUCCGUUUAAAUGUGACAUUUGCGGUAGGAAAUUUGCAGCAAAAGAGUGGCUGAUAAGACACAAAGUCAUCCAUACAAACGAAUGGCCGUUUUCUUGUUCAGAAUGUGGUAAGACAUUUCGCCGGAAAUGUUUGUUGGACUCACAUUUGAAAAUUCACAGUGAAAGGAAAAGGAAUUUUACUUGUGACAUAUGCAGUAAAUCUUAUUUUAGUAAACAAACAUUGAAGAAACAUAUGGCUAUUCAUACAGGAGAGAGGUGUUUCCAGUGCACUGUGUGCGGCAAAGUAUUCGUCAGAAAAGAAUCACACAUUAGACAUAUGGAAUGUCAUAGAAAUACGUGCCAGCAGUGUAACAAAUCCUUCAGAACACGCGAGCGUCUCAAUGAACACUGUCGUCUGCAUACAUGUCAGCAGUGCGGCCAUAUUUUCAAAUCUACCAAAAGCUCUAAUAUUAAAAAACAUAUGGAGAGGCAUGCAGAAAAAGGGAUAACAUAUCGAUGCAAACCGUGUAGAAAAUAUUUCCAAGGAUUAGAAUUCUUAAAAAUGCAUUUGCUGUAUCAUUCAGAAUUUCGACCACAUGAGUGCCAUGUAUGUGGACAGACUUUUAAACAAUAUUAUAAGUUACAUAAACAUCUGGUAAAUCACAAUGAAAACGUAGCAUAUUCGUGGGUUGCUUAAGUAAAGUGUAUUAUCUGAGGAAAACAUUAACCAGGACAUUGAAAACGUCUAUUGCAAACAAUAACAUGACAUAGGCUUUGUUAUAUAUAACAACUUAUUUGCCGGGGAUUAAUCAUGUUGCAGGAACACAUAUCAUAGCUUUUAUAUUAGAUAUCAAUUAAAUACAUAUAUAAUAUCUGCAUGGCCUUCUCACGUAUAUCAUCUUAAAAUAUGUUUGACAAAAUGCAUAAUUGAUAAGAACGAAAUGGAGCUAUUCUCAUAAACCAAUCUUUUCCGUCUUAAGUUCAUUCUAAGCCAUUUCGCCAGUCGGACUUCUGCGACUGGAUCGAGUUAUGACGUCAUCAGAAUAGUGGCAAUUUUUUUAAUUAAAUCGAUCAUCAUCUUAAAAUGAUUGACCGGAGUUGUUUGUUUUUGAUGCUAAAAGUGUGAGGGUUUUUUAGCUCGACUAUUCGAAGAAUAGUCUAGCUAUUCUACUCACCCUGGCGUCGGCGUCGGCGUCGGCGUCGGCGUCACACCUUGGUGAAGUUUUUGCAUGCAAGUACAUACAGCCAUCAAUUAAAGGCAUAUAGCUUUGAAACUUAUUUUUUCUUUUUCUAGGUCAAUUACCAACCUCUCUGGGUCAAGUCCCAUAACUCUGACAUGUAUUUUGAGCAAAUUAUGCCCCCUUUUGGACGUUGAAAAUUCUGGUUAAAGUUUUACAUGCAAGUUACUAUCUCCAAAACUAAUGCAGAUAUUGAUUUGAAACUUCACAUGUGUCUUCGGGGUUAUAAAACUAGUUGAUAGCAGCAAGUCCCAUAACUCUGACUUUCAUUUUGGCCAAAUUAUGCCCCCUUUUGGACUAAGAAAAUUCUGGUUAAAGUUUUGCGUGCAAGUACAUACAGCUAUUUCUAAAAGGCAUAUAGAUUUGAAACUUACUUUUUCUUUUUCUAGAUCAAUUACCAACCUCACUGGGUCAAGACCCAUAACUCUGACAUGUUUUUGAGCAAAUUAUGCCCCCUUUUAGACUUAGAAAAUUUUGGUUAAAGUUUUACAUGCAAGUUAUAAUAUUAUCUCCAAAACUAAUGCAGAUAUUGAUUUGAAACUUCACAUGUGUCUUCGGGGUUAUAAAACUAGUUGAUAGCUGCAAGUCCCAUAACUCUGACCUUCAUUUUGGCCAAAUUAUGCCCCCUUUUGGACUUAGCAAAUUCUGGUUAAAGUUUUGCGUGCGAGUACAUACAGCUAUUUCUAAAAGGCAUAUAGAUUUGAAACUUAUUUUUUUCUUUUUCUAGAUCAAUUACUUACCUCACUGGAUCAAGUCCCAUAACUCUGGCAUGUGUUUUGGGCAAAUUAUGCCCCCUUUUGGACGUUGAAAAUUCUGGUUAAAGUUUUACAUGCAAGUUUCUAUCUCCAAAACUAAUGCAGAUAUUGAAUUGAAACUUCACAUGUGCCUUCGGGGUUAUAAAACUAGUUGAUAGCAGCAAGUCCCAUAACUGACGUGCAUUUUGGUCAAAUUAUUCCCCCUUUUGAACUUAAAACUCUUUUGAUAUUUAACCUUUUUGGGUAAUAUUUUCCUGCUUCUGGGACAAUAUUUCGAAUAGUCGAGCUUGGCUGUCUUACGGACAGCUCUUGUUUGUAGUUUAUAUCGAAAAGUACAUAAUUAUCUCGCAUUAUGAAUAUUUUGAAUAAAAAGAACGUCAUUCAUACAGUGUUAAAGAUAUAUCGUGCCAAAAUUUCAUACCUGAAUACAUUGUACAUGUAUAUUAACAACUACUGCAUAUUUAUCUAUGAAAUAAUAAAAUAAAAACAUGUUUCUGAGUAAAAA